AUGCUCACCUACAGACUCAUCGCUUCCUCCUCCGACCCGCUUCAUCUGGAGAAAUACAGAGAUCAAUUUCAUGAAAGGGCUCUCAGAGAUGUGACAGGUCAUGGCAAUGACUCGGCUUUGGUACUGGACCCCAGUAACCCGUUACUGGUCAAAGCGGAGAUGGAAGCUCAGAAGGAUUACUUUCGCCGACUAAAAUUCACUUACCUCGAACAAGAGGCCAAGAGAAACUUCCUUUUCUCAAUCACGGGUGAUGAGCCCCAAGUAGUGCCACCAGGAGAAAACGAAGAGAGAGAAAUAAUCAACGCGCAGAAGAAAGCAGCUCUGAAAGCUUUGAAAGAGGAGAUUGCGACGAUGCAACAAGAAGCGGUCCAACUUGCUCGAAUGAAUGCUCAACGCCAACUGAAUUUGUCAAAUACCAUGACCGAAGUGCAAAAAGAGCAGAAACAGAUCAAAGAGAUGGAGUUGGAGUUGCAACGUAUACGAACCACCUACCCUCCAGAUCACAGAUUAACUUCGAGUCAAGCGGAGAAAGUACUCGACGAGCAAGUAGUCGAAAUCCAACGUUUGACAGAAGAAAUAUCUACAACUGUCGUUGAGACGGAUAAAGCAAGGGAGGAAGUGACUCGACUCGCCAAAGAAGUACAGCGACUUGGUCCUCAACGAGAUAGAGAAGAAGCACGAGCGAAAGAAGUCCGAGAGGGCAGAGAAGCAGGGGAUACAAAGGUGGACGAGGUCUGUCGAAGUUUGUCUGCAAGCAUCGUCACGUAUCGAGGUAUCAUGGGAAUCCGAGAAAUUAAAGCACCGUCAGAUCGUGAACUUCAGUUGACAUACGACGUUCCAUCUAAAGAUCCUAUCACUCUCAUCAUCGAGUUUGAUCAAUCCAAACGGUUAGCAGGGGCUAGGUUGCUAGGUAGCGAUAUCGAUAUCGGAGAAUCUGUCGACCACUGCGUAAGCAGCAACGACGUUCCAGGUCUCAUCGCAGAUGUUCUCAUCAGGAUUCGAUCUCCUUUAUAA